UCAAAUGCAGUUUUUAGCUGUUCGUGUCAUUCAUACAAAACGAUUAGGCUCAUUGGUUUUUACUUGAUUGGUGAAAACAGUUCUCUUCAGUUUCCUUCUCGCUACGGACGUUUCUCGCGAAAAUCGUAUACAUGACUUCAAAAUUGUGAAUUGCCGGAGAAGAUGCCAUCACCGCCGCGCAGAAAAGCACACAGAGAAAAACGCCGGGAUCGUGAACGAAAUCGAUCGGCUGGCAGGGAACGACGACGAUCGAUUGAACGAGAAAGAAGUCGAGACAGAAGUCGAGAACGUCGGGAGCGAGACAGGGAACGAGAUCUGCGUCAGCGUGAAUACAGAAGACGAUCGAGGUCACGAUCGUACGACAGAGAAAGGGGCCGAGAGAAAUCACCACUACCAUCUUCGUCCAGACGAGUUCAUGCAAAGCCCGUUGUAACACAGGCAGACCUAGAAGGAAAAACUCCAGAAGAACAAGAAAUGCUCAAAACCAUGGGCUUUUGCGGGUUCGACACAACAAAAGGUAAGAAGGUCGAAGGCAACAACGUGGGCGAAGUUCAUGUGAUUCUCAAACGGAAGUACAGACAGUACAUGAAUCGUAAAGGUGGUUUCAAUCGGCCUUUGGAUUUUGUUGCGUAGCUCAACAACACUGCAUUUUUUAGUUCUGCAGUCUCGUGGUUUUUUGUUCCAUAUUCAUAUUACUAUUAUUCGUUUAUUCGUGUAACAAGUUCACACCAAAUGGGUAUAUUUAAAGUGAUCCUCUACAUCAUCCAAGCCAUCCUCCACAAUGUACAAUAGUCGCAACACUACACAAACGGGUUCCAUAUAACUGCAAUAGCCACAUUUUCAUAUACACACAAAUAUUAGACACCAUAACAUACUAAAUUACCACAACAAUGCAAUAGCCAGAAUGGAAAAGUCGGAACGUGAUGUUGGGAAGAUGGUCAAAUACUAGAAAUGUGCCUUCAAGUAUCCACUUUUACUCUGGACGUCCAGUUCAUUUCCCUAUCCCCGUCCUACCAUCCAACCUAUCUAGUUAAGCCUGAUGCAUUUAGAUCAGGCAUUCCACCAGCCCAACAUCUCGUACUCCAACUUUUCUUCAUAUACAAACACCAAACCUCAUAGCUUUUAUUCACCACAGUUAACAAUAGUAUCAAAACAGAAACUUUAAUAUACCUCAUAAAUUAAGCAAAUGUUUUUGUAUGAAAAACAUUACCUUAUACAUUUUUGAUAAUAGUAUCAUGUGAAACCAAGAAACAUUUUGUAAUGAAAACCUUCGAAUUUCGCUCAUCAUCAGUCCCAAGUAAUCUUGAAACGGAUGCAGCAUGCAUUGCACAUAAGACAGGUGCAUAAUUCUAUGAAACCCACAGGAUUUGGGUUAAAUUUGAAACUGACUCGACUAUCGCUAAACUAAAAUUAUUCGUUUUAUACAUUUAGUUAGCAAUAUAUAAGUCAAAUUCAGCUUUGAUCCUAAUUUUGAU